AUGACAGGUCUAACUCUAAACGAGGAAAGCACGUUGACCUAUGCGGACUGUUAUGCUCCGUCGACGGAACGACCUGCAAGUCCGAGAGCCCUGGCCAGCCUGGGCGUGAUUGCUGCCUCCGCGCUGAACGAGAAGUUACGCAGCAAUGACUGGCCCCAGACUUCUGCACCCAGUCUGACUCGGAGGACAGACGAUGCAGAGGAUGUAAAGCCGAUCGGCACAGGAAACAAGCUGCUUUUCAUCUUCUCCGAGGAGAAUGUAAUACGCAAGUGUGCCAGGAUUAUAAUCGACUGGGGAUAUCCUUUUUACAGAAGUUUUACCAUGCCAAUUUUUAAAAUUGUCAUUCUUAACUAA